AUGUCGCAGGCACUGCUGCUGCCCAUCCUGCGCCGCCUGCCCACGCCAGGCCGGAGCCUCGCCAGCGCGGUGCCCCCGCCAGAGGCGCCGGAGCCCUGGAACAGCUCGGGCGGUGCGGCCGGUGCCCCCGCGCCGCUCGCGGGUGGCUACCGGGAGCGGCUGCAGGCGCAGGGGCAGCAGGCGAUGCAGCGCUCGGGGAGGCCAGACGCUGCGGCUGCGGCCGCGCCCGCCACCGCCCCGCCAGUCGCCCCGCCGGUCGCGCCGCCGGUGUCGCCCCUGGGCAUGGUCUCGCCGCAGGCCGCUGCGUGGGGAGCCGCGCAGAUGCAGCAGCUGCAGCAGAUGCAGCAGCUGCAGCAGCUGCAGCGCUGGCUCGGAGCCACGGCGGGCAUGCCGCUGCCCCAGCCGCUCCAGCCGCCGUCCCCUUGUGGCUUGCCGAUGCCUGGGUGCAGCAUGCCGCAGGCGAGCCUGAUGGGUAGCUGCGGGCCCGUGCCGCCCUCGCCGCUGGCGCAGUGCGGGGUGCAGCAGCUGCCGCACGUGCCAGGGACGCCUGUCGCCGCCAGCGCCCCGCCGCUCACCCCGUCGCUCGCGGGGGGGCAGACGCCCCAGGAGCUGCUCGCGUCGGUCAUGCCGAACGCCUUGGGCAUGGACAGGACGGAGAUCGAGUCGCAGCUGCUGGCGGCCGCCAACCAGAUCGAGUCCUACGACGACUGA